GUCUCGUACUAGGCACACACAUCAAUUUUCCCCUUGAGACGAGAAACUAAUUAAAUACUUUGCUUAAAAUGCAUUCUAUUGCGAUUCUUGCGCUGUUCGUUGCGGUUGCGCAGGUGCAAUCACACGGGUAUUUGAAGGACCCCGUGGCACGAACGUCGAUCCAAACCCGGCCCGAAUUUGGGACGGACCAACCCUACUGGUGGGACAAUUCCGGCGUCUGGUGCGGCAAUGUGCCCCAGGACCUUACGUAUUCCACUUGUGGGCGGUGUGGCGACGUGCUUGGAGAGACCACUGCUAACCAGGGGGGAAUUUAUGAUAAGGGCGUCAUUGUUAGGAAUUAUACGGCUGGAUCGAUUAUUGAUGUCGUUGGGAACUUCCAAGCUCCCCACCACGGCUCGUUUGAAGUAGAACUUUGCCCAAAUCAGCAGGAAACUGACAAUUGCUUUACCAAGCUGCCCAUCGUUGGAGGGUCAGAAGCUGUUCGAACUGAUGACCGAAUUUGCGUCCCAUACGAUAACGUCAACACCGAUGUGACGGCCCGAGUCCAACUUCCGGCUGGGGUAACGUGCAGCCGGUGCACGCUACGUUGGACUUAUCGAACAUCGUAUCCCGGUCCGGCUGAUUGGGACUCCUGCUUUACCCGAGAGGCUGCCCAGACCUUCCGGAACUGUGCCGAUAUCUCCAUCAACUAAUCAUCAAAUUAAUAAAUUCAAUAAAUUCAUUGUAAAACUCGGUGCAAUCAAAUUAUCGAAAGAAUCGUUAAUAUACAUAGAUUUAUCUAUUAAUUAGAAGAGCGCUAGCUAAUAAAAUUAAAUAAUUUCAAAAGCAUA